UAUGCGGACAAAUUAGCAAAGAAAGAAAGAAGACGACAUCCAAGUAGCUAGGCUAGGGGAUGGCGUCUCCGGUGCAUCUUCUGCUUCUGCUCGCCGCCACGGCUCCGCAGUUGUGCUCGGCCGUGGACCCGGUGAGCACGUACUGCGCCAAGAACUUCACCGGCGCUCAGACGCAGAGCAGCAUCAGCCAGGUGCUCGCCGCGCUGGUCCCGCGGGCCUCGGCCGCCUACUACGCCACAGCCACCGCUGGCAGCGGCGGCUCCGCCGUCUGGGGCCUCGCGCAGUGCCGCGGCGACGUCCCGGCCUCCGACUGCGCGCUCUGCGUCGCCGCGGCCGCCGGCCACCUCGCCUCAGCGUGCCGGGGCCAGGCGGACGCGCGAGUCUGGUACGACUACUGCUUCCUGCGCUACGACGGUGCCAACUUCAUCGGCCUGCCGGACACCGGGUACACGCUCGUCCUCAUCAACACCAUGAACGCCAGCGGCGACCCCUACGAGUUCGACCUCGCGGAGGGCAAGCUCAUGGCGCGGGUGGCGUCCGCGGCCGGCGGCGCGGCCUCCGGCGGGCUGGCCAGGGAGACGGCGAAGCUCGACUCGGCGACCACCAUCUACGGGCUCGGGUGGUGCACCAGGGACAUCACCGCCGCCGACUGCGGGCUGUGCGUGGCGCAGGCCGUGGCGGAGCUGCCCAGCUACUGCCGCUUCCGGCGGGGUUGCCGCGUGCUCUACAGCAGCUGCAUGGCGCGAUACGAGACCUACCCGUUCUUCUUUCCGGUCAGCGGCGCCGCGGCUGCCUCCUCCCACGACGGCGAGUACGAGAAAGUCAUCUUGAACCCCUAGUUAAGUUAACCGCAGUAAUUAAUUCACUAUCAAGUGUUGUGCAACGUUUGGAUUCAGUAAUCAAUAACUUGCAAACUUGUACUCCAAA